UAAUUAACAGUUGGGCUCGAACUGUAGUGGUGGCGCUUUAGCGCGUAUAUUAGUAGAGAGAGCACUGUCUGAAGAUAAAAGCUUGGAGGAGAGUUCAAAAAAAUUGUCUAUAUUCAUUUAUGACGAGUUUUGCGUUGAGUUAAUUCAUACCAUCUCAAAAUUUUUUUCUUUGAAUAAUUAUUAUGAUUAUAUAGAAAGAGAGAAAGUAUUUUUUCAGCUUUUCACGAGCUCUGUCGUGAUUGGAUCGAUACAGAAACCGCCUACACUCUUACAGCAUCAAAGGGAGCUCGCAAUAAAGAAGACAACAAGAACCAAAACAGUCUUCUUCUGUAGUUUUAAAUAAAAGGAAAAUCUUCUUAAAUCCUCAUUUGAUGAAAUUUCGCUGAUUUCAAGCCUGGUUUUCCGCUAUCUUUCAAUUUCCAGUUCUGCUCUUAGAAACAAGGUAGGAAAAAUGUCCAGGCCUCUGCAUCGAGGUGUAUCUGGAAUACGGAUCUCAGGCAACAGCAAUGAUUUUUGGGACUCCCAAGUGAAAGCUAAAACAGAAAAGGAUGAUUUGGAUAGAAAUCGUUCCCCUGAUCAGAGCUAUUUAUCUCUCAGGUUUCCUUUUCGGCUACUUUUUCCGGAUAGUUCUCCUCUCAAACAUGGUGUCACUGAGAAUGGUUUUGCAUCUGAUCCCUUCAGUGUUGGAACGCCGAGAAGCCGACAUAAGUUAACAAUGCUAUUUUUGAAGUUAAGUUUAAUUGUGAUUGUGAUUCUUGCUCUCACUGGAUCAUUUUGGUGGACAAUCUCCAUUUCAACAUCAUCCAGAGGUCAUAUAUUUCAUGGUUAUAGGCGACUUCAAGAGCAGCUUGUUUCUGAUUUGUGGGAUAUAGGGGAGCUUUCACUUGGUCCUUCAAGGUUGAAAGAAAUAGAAUUCUGCCCUGAGGAGUCUGAGAAUUUUAUUCCUUGCUUUAACGUUUCAGAAAAUCUUGCUUUGGGUUAUUCUGACGGUAAUGAGUAUGAUCGAUUGUGUGGACAUGGUUCAAGGCAAAGGUGUUUAGUUCUUCCACCUGUGAACUAUAAAAUUCCUCUUAGGUGGCCAACUGGGGGAGAUGUCAUUUGGGUUGCAAAUGUUAAAAUUACUGGUCAAGAGGUAUUUUCCUCUGGCAGUUUAACCAAGAGGAUGAUGAUGCUGGAGGAAGAGCAGAUUUCUUUCCGUUCAGCAUUGCUAAUGUUUGAUGGUGUGGAAGACUAUUCCCAUCAAAUUGCAGAAAUGAUUGGACUGAGAAAUGAAUCUAACUUCAUACAAGCUGGGGUCAGAACCAUCUUGGACAUAGGAUGUGGUUAUGGUAGCUUUGGAGCACAUCUCUUUUUCAAACAGCUUUUAACCAUGUGCAUUGCCAACUAUGAGUCCUCAGGCAGUCAAGUUCAACUCACUCUCGAAAGGGGCCUUCCUGCAAUGAUUGGCUCUUUCAAUUCAAAACAAUUACCAUAUCCAUCUCUUUCAUUUGAUAUGCUGCAUUGUGCACGCUGCGGUAUUGACUGGGACCAAAAAGAUGGUAUUUACUUAAUUGAAGUUGAUAGAGUUCUAAAGCCUGGUGGAUACUUUGUGUGGACUUCACCUCUUACCAAUGUUCAGAGUUUUCUUCGUAACAAGGAGAAGCAGAAAAGGUGGAAUUUUGUUAGUAAUUUUGCAGAAAGUCUCUGUUGGGAGUUGAUGUCACAACAAGAUGAAACUGUUGUGUGGAAAAAGACCAUUAAAAAAAGUUGUUACAACUCCCGGAAGCCUGGUUUUGGUCCGUCAAUCUGCAGCAAAGGACAAGAUGUUGAAUCUCCAUAUUAUCGACCUCUUCAAAACUGUAUUGGUGGAAUGCAUAGCCGCCGAUGGCUUCCUAUUGAAGAGAGGACAACCUGGCCUUCUAGGUCUAAUUUGAACAAGAAUGAACUAGCUUUAUAUGGUCUACACUCUGAAGAACUCAAUGAGGAUAAUGCGAACUGUAAAACAACUGUUCGUAAUUAUUGGUCUCUUCUAUCACCCCUAAUAUUCUCAGAUCAUCCUAAGAGACCUGGUGAUGAAGAUCCUUCUCCACCUUAUAACAUGCUCAGGAAUGUGCUAGACAUGAAUGCUCGCUAUGGUGGUUUCAAUGCUGCAUUGCUGGAAGCAGGGAAGUCUGUCUGGGUCAUGAAUGUAGUCCCAACAAGCGGACCCAACUACCUUCCCCUGAUUCUUGACAGGGGCUAUGUUGGUGUAUUACAUGAUUGGUGUGAAGCAUUUCCAACAUAUCCUAGAACUUACGAUAUGGUGCAUGCAGAAGGACUUCUAUCCCUUGAGACUAGUCAAAAUCGGAGGUGCACCAUGCUUGAUCUAUUCACUGAGAUAGACCGGUUGCUUCGUCCAGAGGGUUGGGUAAUAAUCCGCGACACAGCUCCUCUAAUUGAAUCAGCUAGAGCUCUAACAACGCGAUUGAAGUGGGAUGCCAGAGUUGUAGAAACCGAAAGUAACAGUGAGGAGAGACUCCUUAUCUGUCAGAAACCUUUCUUUAAGAGACAAGCAAGCUGAGAACAAUCUCUCGAGGAACCCCAAGUUAAAGUUCUUGGUAUUCAAAUUCAUUUUGUGCAUGUUAAGUAUCAACAUAAAGCUCCACCGAGGAAGGGGGAUACCAUAUAUUUUGAACAGAAAGAAGAAAGCAGAAAGAUAGUAGAGGAAAAAGAAAAUGAAAUCUUUUGAUGGGACCAACCACAACUCCUAUGGAGCCGUAAGGCAUACAUAGGGCCUUGUAAUUACUUCAAAAUCCGAGGCACCAUUGCAAGUGAAUUCAUAGGAUUAGAUUUAAAUAUUCAUGUCAUGUCUCAGUACAACAAUACAACCACAUGAUUAAGAUUGUGAAAGAUGAUUACAGAAUAAGCAAGUGCUACUACCUCUGCAGUACAGAAGAAGAAAAAAAAAAGUCCUUGGCAGUGCAUUUGUGAUGAAAUUUGUUUUCACUUCAUUUUAUCAUUUUCUUCCAUUUCAUUUACCUUCAAUGGAAACUAAUUUUGAAUAGCAAGUGAAUUGAACCAUUUUCUUGCUUUGAGUCA